AUGCUCACUUUCCUUAAAGUACUUAAGACGCAAGAUGAAUUUUGGGAAGACUCCCACUAUGAAUAUCUUAAACAUGCAUUCAAUAAUGAGAUUCCUCCUUAUGUGAUUGAUUUUAGAUUUCCAAAAGGAAUGCUCGUAAUCACAGACCCAGAUUUUAUAUUUGAGUCCUACACUACGAAGAAUAAAUUCUUUGACAAAUAUCCCAGAUCUUAUACAAUCAAUAAAAAGAAUUUAGGAGAAUCAAUCUUAUUCACUCCAUCAGAUGAGGUAUGGGCACAAAAAAGAAAACAUCUGUCCUCGGCAUUUUACAAGGAUAAAAUGCAAUAAUAGUUAAACUCUAUCAUGAGCACUAUCUAUGAUACUAUUUAAGAGACCAUCUAGCAAAUAAAGCAGGGGUAAGAUGAGUUGGAUUUGAAUGAAUACAUUGGAAAAAUGAUUCUAAAGGCAGUCUAGAUUUGUAUCUUUGGAGUACAUGAACAGCUGGAAAAUUUGCCAUUUAUAUAAAAUGGAAAAACCGAAUUACUCAGCAUUGGAGUUAUGAUGAAUAGAAUUGUUUCCUAAAAUAUCAAGAGAUCUAGCAAUAUAUUUAGGAUUAACUUUGAAAUCCUUGAUCAGUAUUUCGUUGGGAAAGCUGAGAAAGAAUUGGAACAGAACAAUUUAACUUUGAGAAGAUUCAUAUUUGAUAUGAUAAACUAAAGAAGAUAGAAGAAUAAGGCACUCAAGCCUGAAGAAAUUCAUCAUGACUUUUUGAACAUGCUGUUGCAAGAUGAUCUCUUUAAAGAUAAUGAUAGUUUAAUGGUAGAUGAAUGCAGCACAUUUAUGUUGGCAGCAACACAAACUACAACGACUGCACUUUCAAAUCUUUUCUUUUAUCUCACAAAAAAUGAAACUGUCAAAACUAAUGUCAGAAACGAGAUUAAAGAUAUUUUUGGCAAGAAAUUAAUUAGUUAGAUAUCAAAGGAAGAAUGGCUUUAAAAGUUGAGUCUAGAUGAGAUGUCAAAUUAAUGGAACUAUCUUUGCAUGGUUGUAUAAGAAAAUCUAAGAAUUGAACCUCCUGCUAGAAGAUGUACCCCAUAGAUAGUAACUGAAGAUGUUGAAAUCUUGGGAAAGAAAAUACCUAAAGGGAUACCCAUUGUCUUCCACUUCUUGGUAUUGUAGAGAAAUGCUAAAGAAUGGCCUGAGCCUUUUAAAUUCAUACCUGAAAGAUUUGAUCCUUCUUCAAAGCAUUUCCUUAAUGCAGAGGGCAAAAAAAGAAAACCUGCAAGCUUUUCACCCUUCCUCGGAGGUAGAAGGAUCUGUUUGGGAAAAACUUUCGCUGAAAAUGUUAUCAAGUGCAUAGCUCCUUUAAUUGUUUCUAGCUUUGAUUUUGAGAUUCUUAAGCCAGAACACUAAUAGAGAAAACCCCCUAAUGGAGUUUUUGCCGAACCAGUCUACCCAAUGAAAGUCAGAUUAUAUGAGCAAUGA